UCGGUGUUCCGCAAGUUGCUCGUGUUGGAUUUUGUUGUUUAGUACCAGUUUUUUACAAACUAACUUUCUGUAAAGAACAUUAUAUUAUAUUUGCAGAGUUUGCUAUAAUGACUACCAAUGUCAAUAUACGGUUGGCCAUUGAUCGUGUCAAUAUGGGCCUAUUGGCACAGAACCAAACGAGAGCACCGCGUCUUUACACGCCUGGCGAAGUUGUCACCGGCCAGUUCGGUUUCAUGAAGGGCCACGGUACCUAUGUGGAAGGUGAUGAUAUUAAGGCAUCCGUUGCAGGUGUAAUGGAGCAGGUGAAUAAGCUUAUCUCUAUAAAGCCACUUAAAAGUCGUUACGUUGGCGAAAUUGGAGAUGUUGUUGUGGCUCGCAUAACUGAAGUGCAACAGCGACGCUGGAAGGUGGACACAAACUCACGUUUAGAUUCUGUGCUGCUGUUGUCAUCUGUAAAUCUACCCGGCGGUGAGUUACGCAGACGAGGCGUUGAAGACGAGCAAAUGAUGCGGAAAUAUCUGCAAGAGGGUGAUCUUAUAUCGGCUGAGGUGCAGAAUAUUUACGACGAAGGCACGUUGUCGCUCUACACACGCAGCUUGAAAUAUGGCAAACUAUCACAAGGAGUGCUUGUAAAAGUAUUUCCGUCAUUGGUCAAGCGGCGCAAAACACACUUUCACAAUCUGACUUGCGGCGCAUCAAUUAUUCUCGGCAACAAUGGUUUUAUCUGGAUAUCGCCUACUGUGAAUACCGAAUCUGAUGGUGGAGAUGGUGGUUUUGCACAGAACUUGAGCGAAGUGAUACCACGGGCGGAUCGCGAAGUGAUUGCGCGAUUACGCAACUGCAUUUUGGCUUUAGCGCAUUGCAAAAUGAUGCUGUAUGACACGAGUAUAUUGUACGCGUUCGAGGAGUCUAUGAAAUACGAAGUGCAUGAAUUGCUGCAGCAGGAAGCUAUAUUUGAUGUAGCAUUUCUAACACAACAUCGCCUACGAUUGCAAGAAGAGUAGCAGUAGGCUCUUCGACGGGUAUUAUUUGUAGUAAACUAGGAUGUCUGUACAUAUCUGCUAACAAUAAUAAAACGUAAGCAUUUUUUUUCAUAAAA